AAUAUAAACUUAGAUGAUUUAAUAUUCAUUACAAUAUGGUACGGUGGAGUUAGUAAUGUGGAAAAUACGUAGUCGGCGAUUGCUCGUCGCCCCAAAUCUCACGGUGGCCCGGCCGACCGAGUCACAACUCAUUGCCCCAAUCGUGUGUCGCCACUCUGUGAAAUGACUGCCCCUCUUUGAAUUCUUCACUCUCUUUCGAUUUCGUUGAACUCAAUCAUUUACUCGUUCAGGAUUGCUCAAAAGCUAAGAUCCUUCAUGGGAAGGACGGGAAUUUUCUCGGCUCACUCCACUACUGUCGCCUUGAUCUGGUUCACCUCCGCCGUUCUCUUCUUCUUUCUAUUUCAAAUGGCCCUCCACAACUCUACUUCUUCCUCGGAUUCUUCAGUAUCAAAGUCUGAGUUAAGAUCAAAAUUAUACGAUAAGAUGGAGAGGGAUUUGGAUGAGAAAGGGGCAGUUUUCCUCAAGGGAGGUGAAACAUCUCAGUCUUUAUCACUUUCUGAUAUUUUCACUAUUAAGGAUGGGUCUGUGACCCCUGUAUUGAAGGCUGCAAAUCCUCCUGUUCGUGCCAAUGUUUUGUAUCUAAGUACAGAGUACUCAGUUCCCAUAUUUGAGGCUGUAAAAUCCAUAUUUGACCCUUAUUUUGAUAAAGCAAUUUGGUUUCAGAACUCUAGCUUGUACCAUUUUAGCAUGUUCCAUGCAUCACAUCACAUUACACCAAUUCCUGCUAGUAACGUUGAGAUUGAAGCUGAAGUAGCUGCUGUGAAGUCUGCGACAGAGCAUAUGUGUCGUUUGAAAAUAGUUCUAGACAGGGUUAUUCUAACUUCAACAGGUGUUCUUCUAGGAUGUUGGCAGGUAAUAUCAGGGACUGAUCCUGUGACAAUCCGUGCUAAACUAAGGACAGCACUUCCACAUGCACCUGAGAAACAACUUUAUGAUGCUGCUAUUCUUCACACAUCAUUUGCUCGGCUUUUGGGUCACCCGAAAAUUUCACAAACGCUCGGUAGAAGUUCUGAUGAACUUCAACUCUUCCAUGAGUUGGUUGCUCGCUUGAAUAAACAAAUCCGUGGAUUUGAGGCAGCGGUUUCGGAGCUGUGGUACGUGGAGGAAUAUGAUGUUUUAGCUUUGGCUUUGAAUGGAAGGAUGAAGGUUCGCAAGUUCCCACUUGGCUGCUACAGCUCUUGAGAUGAAGAACGUCUAUAUAAUCUUCAUAUUGAAGCUUAUACAACCAAGUUUUAAAGAGCUCUCUUGUAAACAAACCGUAGCUGAGGCAAAGUUUGAGAGCAUUGAAAUUGAAUAGCAGUCCAAUUCUUCUGUUCCACAGCCCCCUCCGAAUGAUUUCAAAAUUGCUCGACCACGUGAAAUACUUGAGAUAAAGUGCUUUCUUGUAAAUAAAUAAUGAUGGAGCUUUAAAAGCAAGCAUGUAUGAUCAAUGUUAAAAAAUAUUAACUGUCGAUUAAAAUAUGGAUAUAUUCAUUUCAGGGAUAAAAUCAAGCACGUGCAUUGUAUUUAAAACAAUAUUUAACGAUUAAUAGAAACAAAUAAAAAACAACUCUAUUGAUAUUA